AUGUCUGGAAAAAGUAGAAAAGUAGAAGCUUACGGAGAAGUCACCGCUGAAGAAGUACUAUCAGCCAAGCGAGAGCUAUCUAAAUCAUUUUUUAGAAGUCUCAAAAUUUCAAAUGGCAUACAACGGUGCUACGAAAUAUUUGUACGAGCUGGGCUAGAUUCGUUUACCAUCAGCAGUAUUCACUGUCGAUUGUUCUAUGCACCAGUACAGGUGACGCUAGCCGAGCUACGACAGAGGUUUUGGGUAUUGAAGGGUAGGAGGGAAAUAAAGAAAGUGAUUGGAAAAUGCAAGGCAUGCUUCGUGGAAUUAGAUUGUGGUGGACCAAUAACUGUCAAAUUUGGCUCACAAAAAAUAGUUUUAUACACUUGUCUGACUUCUAAGGCUAUUCAUCUCAAAGUCGUCAAAAACUUAAGGUCGGAGAUGAACCUAAAUUGCCUCCGUCGUUUCACUGUACGCAGGGAAGCCUUACGCAUCAUUUGA